AUGUUGUUAUUGUGUGAUAUUAUUUCUAUCGAAAAACAAAGAACAUUUACUGAUUGGUUGUCUGGUGGAAUAAAAAUAUGUUUAAAUCCUUCUCCCUUGUUUAGUUUACAAGAAGAACAAAUUAACAAUGAUACAAACAAUAGAGAAUUUUAUUUUUCUGGAUUGCAUGAAUUACCUAAAGUUUUGCAACGAAUUAUAGAAUUAUGGGAAUAUUGCAAAAAUAAUGAACAAAUUCGAAAAAAAUCAAAACAAAAUCGCCGUCAUUAUAGCCCUCGUCAACCACUAUCUGAACCUUUAUAUAAAACUUUCAAUAAUGUGAAGUCAAUUACAACUUGCUCAAGUUUAAAAACAUCUAAAGCAUGGGAAAAACUUUUUCAUGAUUUUGGAAAAGAUUAUUCAAUUUAUAGAACUGUUGAUAUGCAUCGUUUGUUGCUUGAUGGCGUUCCACCCGAACACAAAGCCCGCAUGUGGGGUAUUUGCUCUGGCGCUUAUUGUGAAAUGCGUUUGAACCCAGGGGAAUACCGUGCACUUUGUUUGUAUUUUUUUGUGUUUUUCUGA